AUGUCGAAAAAAGAUAAAAAGUUAAAGAAAGCGAAACAAAGUUCCGACACAGAAUCUGACCAACAACAAACAAAUGACCAGCAACAACAAAACGAUUCGGAAUUUCCCACAGAUUGGGAUGUGGAAGUUUACCGCCGAGAAUAUGAAAGUGAAGAACAUUGGUUGCUGAGGAAACGUUUCAUGGAAGUACACAAGGACAAAUUUCCCGAAGAUAAGCUGGUCUGUUUGGCUCAGGUCUUCACAAAUAUGGAAUUUAUGGGUUGUAAAUAUCCCGCCGAAACAAUGGCAAUGGUGGCAGAACUAUCUAAAGAAGUGGCCAAAGAAUUCCGUGAGGGCAGAGCAAAUCGUCUAAAACGGACAUUUGUUGCGGCCUCCGAUGCUGCCGAGGCCCGGGCUAAAGGACGCAGAUCGACGCAGCAAACAAACGAGGGUCAAAAUACCCAACAAUUACAGGGUCAAAAGAGAAAACAUUUUGAUAUAGGCGGGGAUAAUAUGGACGAAAUGCAAGCACCACCAGCGAAGAAGACACCACAAACAGAUUUAUUUGCUGGUCUAAAAUAUAAUCGAUUUAUUGUAUUUUUAAAUGGCGGACGUCAAUGUCUGCAACUUUCUGCCCAGCGUAGCAAUGUGUUGUAUGAAGAAAAAGAAGUUCCCGCUGAAAAUAAUAUCAAGAAAGUCGAAGUCCGCCUUAAUAAUCAAGUUGUGGCCGUUGCAACAGGAGAAAACUUAAAGACUGCCAAGGCAAAUGCAUUUAAUAAGGCAUUGGAGACGUUGCAAACGGAAUGUUAUAGUAUAAAGCCCGGCAGAAAAACAAUUAAAAUUGAGAAGGACAACAACAAAGCUGUUUGUGAGGUUAUAAGUAGUGAAGUGGAUGCAGCAUCUGAAGAUAAGAAAUUGGACGAUAACAACAAAGGUUUUAGAAUGAUGAAAAUGAUGGGUUGGUCAGGUGGUGGUUUGGGCUCAAAAAAACAAGGACGUGAAGAUCCAGUUGCUUACUUGUUUAAAAGUAAUCGUUCCGGUUUGGGAAAGGAAGAUUGUAAAAUGGAUAAACAAUAUUUUAAAAACAUAUUGAGAAACUAUGUUGAAUCAGAGGAUAUACGAGAAUUGCAAUUUGAACCAACCUUUACCAAAGAAGAAAGAGCAUUGCUACAUGAAAUUGCGAAAAAUUUCAACUUGCGGUCUUCAAGUUAUGGCCAGGGAGAACAACGACGUUUGAUUAUUACCAAAAAGACCAUCACCGAUAAUCAAAUAUUGCACGAAGUGCUCAUCAACAAAAAUCCACGUUUUAUGGAUAGAUAUUUGGUACAGGUGCCGCAGUCUAAAAGUGAAUUAUUUCCUGAUCACACCGAGACCCUGACCCUGUAG